AUGAGUAAGUUCGAAAACUCGUCUUUCCAUCGUGAAGGCAAAAAGGGCAAACCUGUGAUGACCUCCAGCAUCCGAAAACCACAACCCAAAGCUCCACAAAGUGAGUUCAUUACAGAGCUAGUGGAAACAGGGAAAGCCAAUUGGAAAAAGGCUCCACAAGCUGUUAGAACUCGUUACUAUGGAGUAUUUAUGAUCUUGCUUUCAGUUCCACUAAUAAUCAUACCGUCCUUGGAAAUGUACCGACGUCUAGAAGGAACAUCCACUAAGAAGGUCAGACAGGGAGAAUUGUUGGAAGGAAACGAAGUCAGAAAGUAUGACGAGGCUGAGAAAUGGAAAGUGGAGAAGGAAAGUUGGACCUACAAAAUUUUUGGAAAGGAUUUCUUCUUACAAGGAUUUACUAGUAAGACUAUGGAAGAUCCUACUGGAAAAUCUAGCAAGUAA